AUGGCGAAGGGUAAAGGUGCCGAUAGGCGCAAGUCCAUUUUUGGGUCCAAGACCCCCGCGCCCCAGGUUCCCCUGGAGCCGGUCAACGUGAACUCCACGCGUCAGGCGCAGCUGGCCUCGGAGCCGCGCGCGACUCGAGGCAUGGCGAGGACGGGCAAGGAGGUCGUUGUCGAGGACGGAUUCAAGUACAAGCGAAGGAAGAACAAGGACACGAAGGCUGCCGGUGCCGGCCCGGGUUCCAACUUCGCGGCGUUGGGCCGAAGAUCCACGGGUGGGGACGAAGAAAUCCUUUCCGAGGUGGAGAGGCUCCGCUCCUUGGACCCCGCCACGGUCUUCGCCCCGGACGAUCCGGCCUGGACCCUCCACGAGAAUAUCCCCGAGGACCUCCCCGAGAGCGAGAGGCUGCAGAUGCUCAUAGAGGAGAUUUGCGAGCUGGAGAUGAAGCGCGAGCGCGAGCGCCUCGUCGAGGAGCUUGGCCCCGAGGCGGGCGCCGAGGCUGCCAAGUCGCUCGAGGACGCCCUCAGCGAGUUCCAGCUCAAGGUGGAGGAGAUGAUCGUGCGCGGGGAGAUCAAGUUCGCGAACGACGGCGACGCGGGCGCCGAUCUGAAGGAUGCCAAGCACGAGGCCAUGGCCGCGGUUUUGUCGCAGCUGGAGGAUGAGAAGGCGCAGUGGGAUGCGCUCGAGCAGGAGGCGCUCGCGGGAGCGUCGGCAGAUGACGAGGCCUCCAUGGAGCAGAUGAGGAAGGACGUGGAGGAGGUGAAUAAGGCGGUCGAGGCUCUCAUCGCCGCGGAGCUGGCGGCUGAGAACGGCGAGGGUGGUACCGCCGAGGAGCUCGCGAAGGCUGUCGAGGAGGCGGAGAGGAAGCUGGCGAUGCAGCAGGAGGGGCUGUCCGCGCUCGUGGAGGGCGUGGAGGCGCUAUGCACCAGGGCUGAGCGCGCGGCGGAGGUGUUCUCCAAAGCGAUCGCGGAGAACGACUUCAAGGGUCUGCCGCACGUCAACUCGCCUCAGAAUCUGGUCAAGAACUUGGUGCGGGGGAAGACGAAGAAGUGA